CCGCGCAUGCGCAGGCGCGGCGGCGCUGCAGUGCCGGGCCUGCGGGGGGCGGGGCGGGACCUGCCGCGAGACCACGAACGUCACGUGCGGCCCCGCGAGCGACGCCUGCGAGGAGGCGCUGGCGGCCGCGGCCUGGAGCCACGGGCGCUUCGCGAUUGGCUGGCGGGGCUGUGGGCGGGGCCAGGAGGGCGCCAACGCGCGCGCCCUCGAGCUCUUCGGCCUCGUCGUCUUCGUCAGGAGGCACCAGUGCCGGGGGGGGAGGGGCUGCAACGGGGUCCUGCCCCUCGGGCUGGAGGGGGCCCUGCCCGCGGCCGGCAACGCCAGCGCCCGGGUGCCCAAUGGGGUGGCCUGUUACGGCUGCCCCGACGACGGGCCCUGCUCCUCCCCCACCGUCGUCAGUGCUACGACGACCUGCGGGGCUGUUUCCAUGGCAACGUCACGCUGAGGCGGGGUGGGGUGACCCUAUGGCACGAGGUUCGGAGCUGCGUAAGGAACGAGAGCUGCUCCCAGGAGUGGCGGGGGGACGAGGCCGUGGGGCUGAGCGGCUCCUGCUGCGCCGGCAGCCUCUGCAACGGGCCCCCCCCCAAUAAGACCUUCUUCGCCCCCGAUUUGCCCCGCCUCGAGCUCCUCCCCCACGGCCACGCCCCUACGGCCGCGCCCAACGCCACCAAGAUGGCCGCUGGCACUGCCGCGCCCAACGGGAGCGGGAGCAGGGCCAAGAUGGCCGCCACCCAGGGCAAGAUGGCUGCCACCGAGGGCAAGAUGGCUGCCACCCAGUCCAACAUGGCCGCCAACACAGGCCAAGAUGGCCACCACCCAGUCCAAGAUGGCCACCACUGAGGGCAAGAUGGCCGCCACCCAGUCCAACAUGGCCGCCACCCAGGCCAAGAUGGCCGCCGGGUCACCGGGGUCACCAAUGAGGUCACCGGCGGGGACAAAAUGGCCGCCGGCGGGGACAAAAUGGCCGCCGGCCGCGCGGCCUCGGCCGGGCGACGCCCCCUGGGGGGCAAAGAUGGGGUUAAGGGGCCGGUGGGGCGGGGCCACCCCAUUGGAGGACCCGGGUGGCUCCUCCCCUUCCUGCUCUUGCCCCUCCUCUAAAUUGGGGGAGGGGGCGACCCCCCCCCCAAAUACCCCGCGUGUGCAAUAACCCCUCCCCCACCCCCCACCGGCAGGGUCACGGUGGGGGGAACCCCCCAAACCUGCCCCUCCCCCACCGCUAUGGGGCGCCCCAUAAGUCGCCCCUCCCCCACCCCGCUAUGGGGCACCCCCCAACUGGGGAUAAUAAAUGGUU